AUGAGAUGCUGGGUUAAAGGGCCGUUUGUGCCAGGCAAACAUUUGACCUAUUGGCCAACCGUUUUUUCCUACCCACCGAAGCUAAAAGGGAGGGGUGUUGCCUGCCGCAAAUUCAGCGGCAGGAAAACUUUGGUGUAUGAACACAUUGUGGAUGACGAUUUCUUAACAAGGAAAGGAAACUCCAUCAAUUCAAUUUUUAACCAGAUCUAUGUCAAUGACAAAAUACGCGAGAUUAAUUCCCUUUUGAAGGGAUGCCGUGUUAGUUGCGGCAAGCAACAUGGAUUCUCCAACGAGAGGGGAAGUGACAACGAACACGUUGAUCAGGUCAUUCAAAAUUUGCACACACUAUGUGUGAAGGGCAAUAUGGACACAUGUGACGACCGCAUCAGGUACUAUGUGAACUUCGUUUUGCGCUACGUGAAUGAUUACCUAGAGGAUUGCCCUGUAAUGGGAGGAGAAAAACAAGCAAGGGAAAAAAAAAAAAAAUUCAUGAGCAUCAACAGCUAUAUGCUCCUUUUAGAUAUUAUAAAAACUCUCAAUAUGAAAGAAGAAUUUAGCAACUUACUCAAACACGUAAGUCAGAACAUUCACUUUUUUUCUGUGGACAUUGUUAAAAGAAUUGCCUUUAAUUACGAUCUGAGUGAAUGGCACCAUGCGGACAAGAGUGACCAUUUGAGGAAAAAUGUCUUUUCCUUUUUUAAAGAGGUCAUACGUUACAUGUAUGCUUUGAUUCAAUCUGACAAUGAGCUGUACUACAAAGAGAUAGACAGCAUGAACACGUGCAUAAACAUAUGCACACAUUUUUUUUUCGGGAAAAAAUUUUGUCCACUGAAAAAAACUUACACUUAUGACGUGGACGAGGAUAUUAUUUAUCUGUACAGCAUGAAUUAUAUUUACAUAAAACAUAUAGCUACUCUUGGGGAUAUGAUACGAGGCAAAGGGGGGUCCACACAGGAUGAUUCUUCCCCACGGAACUGUCUUAACGAGGGUUUGUUGUCCUCAUCCCCCCUGGGUGACGUGUCGGAAGUGAAAUGCAAAUGGGAGGAAGGCACGUCGGAUGACUAUGUGAGUUACGUGCGACAUGCACCUGGCAACGCUCCAACUCACACUGAGGAUAUGCUAGACACUUGUGCGGAUGGGAAGACACCAGCUAAUUCUUUCCCCGCCGACAUUGCACGAAGGUAUUCACUAAGGCGCGCACAUUUAAUGGAGGACUUCCAUUUUAACUUCCACGCAGUUGACACAAUUUACGUACUGUACAACUUCUACACGCACUUACUUUUGAAGAAAAAAAAACAAACAAGGAAGGAACUUGUAUUCCUUUUUUUUCCCGACGUACGAGACAACAUUACGCACAUCCUCCUCAACUUCAUUCGCACACUCAGGAGGGAAACCGACCAAAAUAAAGGGUUAACAAAUAAAAAAUUAAUUGCUUCCUUGGAGAGAGUGCUAAUAUUGGGGACAGCCUUCGAGAUCCCCUUCUCCUUGAGACCCUUCCUACUUUAUCACUGCAACGUGUUGUUGUUGAACAAGUUUGACUUAUCUGUGCUGGACAACGUAAAAUUGUUAACCCUUCUGAGGAAACUCCACCAGGGGAGUGAGGCGAGGGAAGAAGGGCAAAUAACCGAAGUGCCACUUCAACAGGGUGGAGAUAACUCCCUUGACCAGCUAGCCAAAAUGGACAACACCACCGUGCAGGCGAGCAGCCACCUCUUCGUGGAAAAUUUGAUAAAGUUAAUUUUUGACAACUUAAAAAAAUGCCUACACAACGCAACGGGCAACGACCUGUGCAUGCUGAUGCCCGCAGUGUACGCAUACCACAAGUACAUGGAUGAGGAAUUAAAAAAUAUAUUAACCGUUCAGGUGAUUUACAACAAGGAAAAUAUGAACGCAGCGAACAUGGUGAACAUUUUACGAGUCUUUUGCAAAAUUGGAUAUAAAAAUGAACUUAUUGAUAAAUUUGUAUACAACAACAUGAAGUUUGUAACUCAUGGGAAGGAGGCAACAAGUGGGAAGGAUGAUAACUCCGCUGUUGCAGAAGGCGACGAAACACAAAAUGUGUGUUUUUCGUGUCCCAAGUUAUUUCUCCUCUUUUUUUAUUACAAAGGUAAAAAUGGCUUAUUUACGUACAAGGACAUUUACUACGUGGAAAAUUACAUUCAGAAUUGUUUGUUCGAGAUGAGCAUCAAGGAUUUUAUAUCCCUUUUGUUGAUUUAUUUAAAAAAUGGCGUGUGUUUCCUUCCCCCAUUGUUGCUUAAAAUUUGUGCCAUUUUUAACAACGGAAAAAAGUACAUACAUGGGGAUGACCUCCUGUUUGGGUUAUUUUUGCUCGCGAAAAAUUAUCACUCCCUGGCCAGUUCAGCAGAUGAAAGAGGUGUGCAGCAGGGUAACUUCCCCAGUCAGCAACAACCCCGUAGCAUUAUAAACAAAAUUAACCUCUUCAGGAAAAGUCAGUACAAUCAACUCCAUAUAGACAAUUUUGUCAACACGAUGAACGAGGUCUUAUUGUACCUGUACGAUGAUAAGCUGAUUAACUGCAAGGCGGACGAGGUCAAGCAAAUGCAAGGGGGGGGAAAAACAGAAAAUGAUGAUUCGCAAAGUGCAGAGGAACAAACAGAGGAGCUGAUAAAUAAUAUGGAUCUGCGGAACGAUCAUUCCUUUCUGCACAUCCCCAAUGAAACAAAAAAUAAUUGGAAAACCAUCUUUAAUAGUCUAAAGUAUAACAUGAGAAUGAUGAAAAUUUUCUACCUUUUAUAUUACCCUCUUUCAAAUGCACCAAAAAAAAAAAAAAAAAAAAUUCUGAACAUUCAUCAUGAAAAGUUCAUCACCUACCUGUUUUCCCUUUUUAAUGAAAAUUUCACCAAGCACGAAAAAGACAUAAAAUACAUCCCCCCCCUUUUGCAUUAUUUUAGCUAUUUCGAUAUUUAUUCUCCCAUUUACUUUAAAAUGCAAAUGUCCUACAUAAUGCAAAACUGCGUUCUUGAUUUCUCCCUGCUCAAGUACACAUUGCUUAGUCACGUUUUUGUUAGAAGACAAAUGUGCAAGGAAAUAAAAAAUCGUCUGAAAGAAUACGUCGCGAAGAACUAUGAGACCUUUCCACCCCCCCUCCAGGUGUUGUGCCUUAAACAUUGUAAUUAUUUUUUGGACCUAAAUGGGGACACGGAAAAGGCAGACCAGGACCACCACCUUCUAUUUAACAAAAUGGUGAAUAAUGCACUCUCCAAUUUGUCACAUAUGAAGGCUAAACAUUACCUCGACCUGUACAUAACCAUAUGCAACAAUGGAGUUCGAAUAAAGCAGCAUUACAUUGAGCUGUUUAAUCACAUGAACAGACAUGCGACUCUUUACACCGGUGAACAGCUGAUGCUAAUCCUAUUUUACAUGUACAGGACAGGCUAUAGCAAGCCAAAGAUAAGAAAAAAAAUACGAAAUUUAAUUUUGCAUUACCACAAGAAGAGGAAAAUUGACCUGGGCACCUACAUCAAAUAUGUGUUGCCAUUGGACGAGUUUGGCAUUUUCCACCUCUUCCCGGUGAAGUUCCAGCGGUGGCUAUACGACCAGCUGACCGAGGACGUGCGGGCGUGUGUACGGGAACCUCUAACGCGUGAAGCGGUGCAGGAGGUGGUUUGCACAUCCUUGGCCAAGGAGCGCGAGGAAUGUAGCGUCGAAUCGAAGAAAGCGAAAGGGACGGAUGUGCAGCAACACGCACCCAUUUAUAUGUUCGAACAGAUGGUCAAGAGUUACUAA